AUGAGUGUAGAGAUUGAAAAAAACAAAAUGGAGAACCCUUUGAGUGGUGGCGACAAACAGAUACCAAAAAUAAAUUUCCCACACCUCGACAACGGACUUGUAGAGGAAUGCAUCGCACAGGCAAACGGUGACAUUGCAAAGGUUGCGGAACUCCUUGCAAAGUCUGUUGGUCCUCUUGGUUACGACGACGAGGACGGGCUUCUUGAGUACUCCGACGAAGAACUGAGCGAGAGCAGUGAGGACAAAUGUAAAAUAGAAAAUUCAUUACCCCCUUCUAUCAACACCAAGUGGGAAAAUUUAAAGGCAAAGCUUACACCAGAAGAACUUGACGUGAUGGAGAAUGUCCUUCGAUUGAGAAUGUAUAAAAUGUGCGACAGUUUAGUCCAAUCGCUCUUUGAAAAGCACUGA